UAAAAUGCUAUCACUGUCCCCAUAUAUACAAACAAAUGCAUAUGGAUAUAAAUAUUCCGGCCAUUGCCCAGUAAAGAACACGGAAGAACCACACCAAAGUUUCUUAACCAUGUCCACAGGCGUGCACAUAGUGGCUUAUCCCUACCCAACCCCAGGCCAUAUUAUACCUCUGCUCGACCUCACUCACCGCCUGCUAACCCGCGGCCUCACUGUCACCGUUUUCGUCACCCCCUCUCACCUUCCUUACUUCGCACACCCGUCUUCUCUCAAACACUUGAUUCUUCCUGCCCCUGAUAUUACGUCUCCUCCGCAGAAGAGGAUCGUUGCUACCAUGCGCGCUUUGCGUGACCUUCACUAUCCUAUCCUCCUCCAAUGGUUCCGAUCUCAUUCCUCGCCCCCUGUUGCCAUUAUCUCGGAUUUCUUUCUCGGUUGGACCCAGGACCUAGCGUGCGAGCUCGGUAUUCCUCGGGUCGUCUUCUCACCUUCCGGUGCCUUUACGUUGUCGGUUUCAUUCUCUCUUACUCGCGAUCCAAGGGAAAACGAUGAUCCGGAGGAUAUCAACUUCCAGGUUUCGUUCCCGAAACUCCCGAAUUCCCCAGCUUAUCCAUGGUGGCAGAUCCCCGGACUUUAUAGAAGCUAUAAAGGAGACCCAGAUACAGAAUUUUAUAGAAAUAACAUGCGAGCCAAUUCGAUGAGUUGGGGAAUGGUGUUUAAUUCGUUCGUCGAUCUGGAGCGCGUUUACUUUACGCAUCUGAAGAAAGAACUCGGAAAUGAUCGGGUGUGGGCCGUAGGACCCUUAUUGCCUCUGGAACACCACGAAUCCAUUGUUAGGGGUAAAGCAAGUUCUGUGCAGUUCCAUCAUCUCAAGAUGUGGUUGGAUGCUCGUUCGGACAACUCGAUUGUCUAUGUUUGCUUCGGGAGUAGUGUGGCAUUGACAAGUAGGCAAAUGGAUGUGCUGGCUGCUGCGUUGGAACAGAGUGGCGUCCAGUUUGUUUUGUGCGUGAGGGUGCCUCAUGAAGACGAGCAGCAGCAUUCGAAUGCUGAUCAUGGCGUCAUUCCCGAUGGGUUCGAAGAUCGCGUGGCGGGCAGAGGGUUUGUGAUAAGGGGAUGGGCACCACAGGUAUCCAUACUGGGCCACCGAGCCGUGGGUGCGUUCGUGACUCACUGCGGGUGGAACUCGGUGCUAGAGGGGAUUGCCGCUGGAGUUGUGAUGUUGACAUGGCCAAUGGGUGCGGACCAGUACACGAAUGCCAAGUUGUUGGUGGAGCAGUUAGGGGUUGCAAUCAGAGCUUGUGAGGGCACUCAGAGCAUUCCCGAAUCAGCCGAGUUGGCUCGGCUGUUGGCCAUGUCGGUUGAAGAGGGUAGGCCAGAGAGGGUCCUGGCCAAGGAGCUGAGUGCCGCAUCCCUAUGUGCAGUCAAAGGAGGUAGUUCCGAUAUAAAUUUAGAUGACUUCAUCCAACAAUUAGCUGAUCUUGGGAAGUGAUCAGAGCCAACACUUACAAUUCUUUUGUACCCGUAGGCAGUGAUAUCGGUUC